AUGUUAGUAUUCCCAUUAGAUUUACAGUUUUUUGCCCAAAAAAAAGGGGGUGGUUCAGCGGCUACUAAUCGUAGUCACGAUUCAAUUUCCAAGCGUCUGGGAGUGAAAAAGUUCGGGGGUGAAUAUGUGCGAAAAGGCAGCAUUAUUAUUCGCCAGCGCGGAACUAAAUAUAAAAAUGGCAAAGGGGUAUUUUUAGGUAAAGAUUACACGGUUCAUGCCGAAUAUGACGGAGUAAAUGGAGCCCAUGGAGCUCAAUUAUUAACCAUUCAGCAAUUACUCGGCCAUAGUAGUGUGCAAACCACCGAGAAAUACAUUCAGAAUGAUUUUGAAUAUGUUUAUGCGGAUUAUACCAACGAACCAGAAAGAUUAUACGAAAUCCCCGAAGAAAGACAAUUUGCGGCUAACUUUGGCGGUCAGGGCUUUAUCUUAGAAAAAGGUUCUGAAAUUAUUAGUGAUGGCAAACCUUUCUUUCAAUUAGGAGUCAUUAAAGAAGAUAGUGAAAGAGGAUUAAAAUAUUUCCGAGUUUACACGAUUGAUAAUUAUCAACACAUUAAUCCCCGUAAUCUGUAUGUCGAAUUAGUUUUAAAAGAGGAUUGA